AUGCGCGCGCGUUCGAAAAAUAAUUUUGGCUGUCAGGAAGAUGACGUAGUCUUUCUUGGCGACUACAAACCAGAACGGCAGCAAGCUGGCGCAUGGAAAGUUGUUUUGAGAGGUACCGAAGAAGACAAGCUCGUCCGAUGCGUGGUUGUGAACAAUGUGAUCGUCGGAGCGCUUCUAAUCGGUGAAACUGAGAUGGAGGAAACACUGGAGAAUCUCAUUCUGAACAAGACGGAUUUAGAAGGAAUUGCAGACACAUUCCUGGAGCCCGGAGUCGAUCUCGAUGACUAUUUUGAUUGA